CAAAUUUAUUAAUUACAAUUAAUUUUCUUCAUUGAACGAAUUCUAUUAGUUCUCUUUUUCUUCGUAAUACCCUUUUGUGAUUUGUCGUCAAAUUGUUUAGGAACUCAAAAAAUCAGUCUUGACCCUUCCUUAUUUUUUAUGAAACCAAAUGCAUUCGCUCUUGUUCACCUCAUUCGUACUGCCACUGAACUUAGCUGCCGCAAAUUCGGACAACAGCUCCACAGUUAUGCUCUACGUUCUGGUUAUCAUUAUUCAAAUAUCUAUGUCUCAACUUCCCUCAUCAAAUUCUAUGUCACAAUCCACUUUUUGACUCAUGCCCACAAUCUGUUUGUUGAAAUUCCUCAACCAAAUGUAGUUUCUUGGAACACUUUGAUUUCUGGGUAUGUGCAAGCUGGCAAGUUUCAAAAAGCAUUGUCGCUUUUUAUAAACCUAGAAAGGUCUCAAAUUUGUGCUGACACGUUUUCUUUCACAUCUGCUAUGGCUGCCUGUGCCCCACUGAGCUUGUUGAAACUGGGAAGCUCAAUUCAUUCCAAGACAGUGAAAUUGGGAAUGGCUAAUGACACUGUUGUUGCAAACUGCUUGAUUAAUAUGUAUGGGAAAUGUGGGUCGGUCGAACCUGCUGUUAGAAUAUUCUCUGAUAUCGCUGAUAAGGAUGAUGUUAUUUCUUGGAAUUCAGUCAUAGCAGCAUGUGCAAACAAUGGAAAUAUUGAACUUGGGUACAAGUUUUUGCAACUCAUGCCGAAUCCUAAUGGUAUUUCUUAUAAUGGGUUGAUAAAUGGCAUUGCUCAAGCUGGGAAGAUAGAAGAUGCUGUUUGGAUUUUGUCAACUAUGCCCUGUCCAAAUUCAUCUUCUUGGAACUCCAUAAUUACUGGAUUUGUGAAUAGGAAUCGAGUUCAGGAAGCUUUGGAUAUGUUCGGUAAAAUGCAUUUGAGAAACUUGCCGAUGGAUGAGUUCACAUUUUCAAUCAUUUUAAAUGGUAUUGCUAGUCUGUCGGCCUUAACGUGGGGGAUGACGAUACAUUGUUGCACAGUAAAGUAUGGUGUAGAUUCAUGUGUAGUUGUAGGGACGGCCCUGAUCGACAUGUACUCAAAAUGUGGGCGGGCGAACAAUGCUGAAUCAAUAUUCAAUGUGCUGCCUAAUAGAAAUCUGAUUAGCUGGAAUGCAAUGCUAUCUGGAUAUGCUCGCAAUGGUGAUUUUGCACAAGUUAGCAGCCUCUUCGAGUCGCUAAAAAUGGAAAGAGAUAUAGAACCAGACGGUAUCACGUUUCUUAACCUCAUAUCAGCAUGUUCCCAUAACCAAAUACCAUUUGAGACUGCAAUUCGUUACUUUGAUGCCAUGAUGAAUGAAUAUGGGAUUGCACCGUCCAUUGAGCUUUGUUGUUCGAUGAUACGACUCAUGGGGCAAAAAGGAGAGUUGUGGAGAGCACAAAAGAUGAUACAUGAACUUGGUUUUGAGUCAUGUGGAGUUGUUUGGAGGUCUUUGCUUGGUGCUUGUGGAACUCAGGAAGAUUUACAAAUAGCAGAGACUGCAGCUGCUAAGGUGAUUGAAUUGGAGAGGGAUGAAGAUUAUGUCUAUGUGAUGUUGUCUAAUAUGUAUGCAUCUUUUGGAAGAUGGGAAGAUGUUAAUGUAAUUAGGAGUCUCAUGAGUAAGAAUAGAGUUAGGAAAGAAGCAGGUUCUAGCUGGAUAGAAAUAGAUAGCUUUGUGCCAUAUCAUUAAAGAAGCAUAUGUCUGUCUUCGAAGAAUAGCCUAGUAGUAAGGGUUAGAACACCAAAGGAGUUAUAUGUAGGAUUUCGACCGAGUUACUAACAUUUCCUCUUCUCUUAACAAACUAACCACUUAACAUUUUUGUCUAUAAAAAAAGAA